ACAGCUGAUAUUUCUCUCCAGGAUGGUGUCACAGCCAAACAGGAACAGACGAGGCAAAGCUACAAUGAGAAAAAGCAGAGAGAGCAGAACGUUACAGAUCAGUACAGAGUAAUUCAAAUUAAGGUUAAGUUGAAUGCAUGGGCAGGUUAUUAUUCCAUCACAGGUUCAAUGACAUCAAAGUACUUGAAACUCUGAUAAAAAUAGUCCAAUCUCAACCUUGAAUAAAAGGAAAUUCUAAUUUAUCCUGCAAACUCAAAUUUAAUAUUCCACCCAUUCUGAUAUGAGUGUUAGAAACUUCUGAAUGAGGUAUAUGGUGCAUUAAUUGUUUUGUUUUUUGAGUUACAGAGGAUUGUGAGUCCAGAGACAGAUAGUGGGUUUGGAAGCUCCUGUCUGCACCAGUCGGCCACUGAAGCUUUUCAAUCAAAUGCUCUCACAGGAAGCGUUCGCUUCAACUGUGAAGCUCUAAGUAACUCAGAUAGUGAGGCUUCCUCCUCCAAUCUGGAGACAGCUAUCCAUGCGGUCGGUGAGGCUGCCCACCCAUCUAUCCAAACAAAGUACUGUGAAGCAGCAGCUGCAGUGGAGCUGUGGGUGGAGUGCACCACCAAGGAGCCAUCAGUCAGGCUGCAGGAAGCUGACCAAACACAUCCUGCACUUCCCUGGGACUACAUAUCAGAGCCAACCCUCAGCAGCUCCAUGGGUGCUAUGGACAAUCACAGCCCACUGAACUCCUGUUCUUGUAACAGCGAGGCCAUCCUGGCCUUGCAGACAGAGGUAUCGAAGUUAAAGAGGGACCUAGAGCAGGGGUUAGUCCAGCUCCCCCACCUCACACAGAGGAUGGACUGUCUUAUUUCAAAGUACAGACAAGAGGAUUUAGAGCACAGGUCUAAAAUCCAAACUGACCAAACAUCAGCUUCAAAAAGUUUAAGGAAGUCAUGCAGCAGAAGCAGGAGCGACCUCACAUCCAGUCUAUUUAGGAUGAAAGACUCGAUUUCCUCAGACAAGGAAUUAAGAAAAACCAGAGCUACUGUGGGAACCUUCAAUGAGCAACAUUUGAAUCAAAGGCCACAAGCCAUUAAAGAUUUUAAUUUCAAGGAGAGGUUGUAUCCCUCUCUCCAGAAACCCCUCCUCCAGGUUAACUAUGGCUCCUCCUGCAGCCUGCCAGCCAGCUAUAAAGUCAGAGAGCUUCACCUGCAGUCCACAUCCUUUCACAGAAAACACUCCACCCAGUCCGACACUGCACUCUUGCCCAGCAACGUGUAUUUUCAGCAGACACUCUCUGCAUCCUCUGCUCCUGUCAGGGAUUCCUACAGACGCAGAGCCAAAAAGGAGGAGGACAUAAACAGGACUCUUGACCAGGCUAUUGAGGUUGCCCGCAUCAUGAAAAGGACCACAGAUCAUAUGGCCAGAAGACUUUCUGCUGACUUGGCCAAGGCAAAGCUGCACAAGAAGCUUCCCAACAUGUACCAAUAGGGGGCAGAAAACACCAACCUUUCGAAUUAUCAUCCAUUUCUACAUCCUCAUUAGACACCACUGUCAAGAGGGCUACAUUUGAGUUAUUAAGUGGUGCAUCAUGUGUUUCGGUCUUUGUUCAGUUAAUGACCUGGUAUAUCAAUGACUAAGUUCAUGUUUAUGAAUGUUCAUGUUUCAUUAGUUUGAGUUGGUUCCAGGUUCUUAAUCAUUAGCUGUUCAGAAACAAUAUAACAUUGAUGUUCUAACAACCUUUCUCACGAAGGAAUGCAUCAUUGAUGUUUGAUUAUUUGGUGCCAUAAGCUAUGAUAUCAGUUUUGGGCAAACUAAAGGCUGCAGAUGCUGGUGAAGAUUCACAGUCAUCCAGGUCACAGUCAUU